CAGCCCGCUCCUUCCUUCCAAACUCUCCUACCUCCAGAGCGGGAAAUAUGAAGGUUUCUGUGGCCCUCGCCUCCAUCCUCCUGGCUGCUGCUUCUGCUACACUCCUCUGCUGGCAAGCUGAGGCCCAGCUUGAUGGAGUCAACAUCCCUCAAUCCUGCUGCUUCAGCUGGUCGAAGAAGCCAAUCCCCGUCCACCUGCUGUCUGGCUACUUUGUCACGAGUUCCAAGUGUUCCCUGGAAGCUGUGAUCUUCAAAACCAUGAGAGGGGUUGAAAUCUGCACGGACCCCAAGGAAAAAUGGGUUCAGGAUCGCAUGAAGCGCCUGGAUGCCAGACGCAAGAAGCCAUGAGCCUUCCCUUCGACCUCUCCAGAUCCGCUCAGACUCCCCACUCCGGGUUGUGGCCGAAACUUCCCAAAAGGCCUCCCUUCUGCUGCUCUCUGGGAAUUUUUAUAUAAUAUUGAAAGUGUUUCAUUUCAACAUGUACCUGUAUUUAAAUUAUUGCUAUCUUGGUUUAUUAACCCUAUUUGUGUUUUUUUUUUUAAAUUCCACCUGUCACUUAUCCCUUGGUGGUAGUAGGAAUGAUAUUUAUUGAAUACCCACUGGGUGCACUGCACUGUAAUAAGCACCUGUUAAGUGAGGAAAAUUGUACCUAAUCUCCCUACCUCACAGGAUAUUACAAGUUUAAUGAGAUGUGUGAAAGGUUUCAGAG